AUGGCGGUGAUUACGGACUUGCCUGUUGAGCUUAUUACUGACAUUCUGGUACGGCUCUCCCCCCAGAGAUUGCUUCAAUGCGUGUGCGCGUUGAAAUCGUUGAAUGCUCUGAUUUCCAGCGAAGGGUUCUCUGAGGCUUAUGUUAAGAGGUCGCUCGAAACCAACAAUUACCGAACACUUUUGAUGGCAGAGGAGACGGCAGAGGGGGAGGAUUUUAAAUACCCCACAGAGUUCUUUGCUGCAUCAUUCUAUCCAAGAGAGUCAUUUAGCAAUGCUCGCUCUGUUAUUCAGCCACUGAUACGCCCUGGGAGAGUACGUACAGAGAUUGUGGGGUGCUAUAAUGGGCUAGUGUGCAUACACAACCCUCAUCAUUCUCGAGAUUUGGCGGUUUGGAACCCGUCGAUUCGGAGAUUCAAGAGAAUCCCAUUUUCACCCAUUGAGGUGCCAGCAGCAGCAAAGACCGGCAGCAUCAGUGGGGUCAAGUAUGGGUUUGGAUACGAUCCAGCCACGCAGGACUAUAAAGUUGUUCGGAUUUAUGAAUUUUCUUGUGAUCGAAGGGCUAAUGUGGGUUCGGAAGUGAAGGUUUACGGCUUGAAAACCAAGUCCUGGAAGAAGAUAGAAAGCUUCUCUUGCACAUGGGUUUCAGACCGGGCUAUUCCUCUAGAGGGUGCUCUUCAUUGGGUCGGGAAACUUGAACCACUUUCCGAUGGUUUAAGGGUUUUAGCUCUUGAUUUGGGAAAGGAAGUUUUCAAGGAGUUUCGCACCCCGUUUCGGAGGCAUAAUACAAUGGAUUUGGAAGUCUUGAAUGGAAAACUCUGUAUGGGUGUUUUUGUGGGCUUUUCCGAACAUGAUAUCUGGGAAAUGGAAGAAUAUGGAGUGUCCGAGUCUUGGAUUCGUUUGUAUACUUUUAGAGAGGGAAUUGUGGAUUGGGGUUUUGAGUACUUGACACCUCUUGCCUUAUCAAGGACUGGAAAAGGAAUUCUUAUGCAUGAUCGCUCUGUUUCGACUGAUGGAAACCUUUUCUGGUAUGAUCCAAAGAAAAACACAGGAAAAGCAGUUCAAUUUCUUGGUAUGCCCAAGGCCUUUGCAGCAGCUGUUUGUGUGGCCAACAUCGGACUCCUUGAUGGUGAUCCAGUCAUUAGGCAGCAACAACUCCUUCCUAUCAAGAGGAAAAGUGGAAGCAGGAAAAUCUUUGAAGGGGAAGGAUCGACUGAAAAAGCAAAACAAGGUGACCUGACUUAAGCAGGAGGCAUUGCAUUGGAAGAAAUUUGGAACACCAUGUUUUGAGAAUAUUCGCACAUCUGAUCUCGUGACUCCGAAUCAGUUUAAUCAAUUUCUGAAAGUUAGGCAAUACAACAUGAUAAAAAUGUGUUUGUUUUUGGUGUAACGCCCUGAGAAUGUCAUACAUCGAAUUGCAAGUAGAUGUUAAUGGUGCUGAUUAUGCUAGUACUUCUGCAUAAGCAGAUGAUGUAUGCAACAUUAGCGGCCUGGACGACUUGAGAAGAAACACUUGGAUUAGUAUUGUGUUCUUCUUUCAUUUUCUCUUUACUAUAGGUUUUUGUACGGAAGACUGGAAUUUUGUCAGAAGCUGAAGUAAGAUUGGUCGUGAAUGCAAAUGCUUCUGGAGUUCUGGUAAGUUGUUUGCAUUCAAAAGCAGAACACUUGG